AUGAAGUUCUUGGGUCAUGUAGUCUCCAGAGAUGGGGUUAUGGUGGAUUCUUCAAAGAUAGAAGCAGUACAGAACUGGGAACAACCCAAAAACACUUCUGAAAUUCGUAGUUACUUGGGUUUAGCUGGUUAUUACUGCCAAUUUGUAAAGAAUUUCCCUUCCAUAGCAUCAUCCUUGAUGAGAUUAACUUGUAAGGGAGUAAAGUUCAUUGGGAGUGAAGCUUGUGAGAAAUCCUUACCGCCCCAAUUCUUAUCAUUCCAGAACGUGGCUUGGGGUAUAUUGUGUAUUGUGACGCCUCGAAGGAAGGAUUCGGGUGUGUUUUAA